CAGCAUCAACAUCAACAGCCGCCUUCACAGCCGCCGCAUUGGCGGCUGUUCAUCCAUGGUCACCAAAGGACAUUCCAACAAGUGAAAGAGAAGUAUGAAAUGGACCCAAGAAAAGAAAAGCUGCCGUACAAGUUUGGAUUAUUGGUGUUCCUCAACACAGUGAAAAACAAAAGUGACAAUUUGCAUCUUGCAAAUGAAAUGAUGCCUAUAGAAAGGGACAUCAGUUGGACAGAUCAUGCAAAAGUGAAAGAGGCUUUAACAUCAAUGCAAGUCACUUAUCAUCCAAAGCAGACUGGAUUAAAAAGAAUGCAACACCUACUGGAAGAGAACAAUGAACAGAAGACAGAAAUAAAGCGUCUUAGAACACUACUGGCAAGCAAGUCUACAGUGGGUAAGUGCAUCAAAGAUCUU